AACUGCGACGCGCAGGUUGGAAGAUGGUGGGGGAACACAAUGAGCUCUCUGCUAAUCGCUUUCCACUUCGUUUGGGAGAAUCGCCAAUCAGGACGAAGAUGCGUACUGGAGAUGCGCGAAGAACGAAAACUGGUCUUUUCGCAGUUAUGGACUCCGGUGAACUGCGGCAUACAUAUAUACAUACAUUUAAGGUUUGUUUGCGUGAAAUGUGAACAAAAUGGUGGAGACAUGAAUACAUAUGAACUUGUCCUUACUUAGUUAAAAAAUGUAUACCUAUAUCCACGUGAGAUGAUAGAAACUACGAUUGAAACUAAAGAUUUGAUUGACACUGAUGUACUUCAAAAGUAUUUGACGAAAGGACUUUCAUUAAUUAAUGUAUAAUAUUGUAAAACUAAAAAUUUGCUAAAAAACCGAAGUUUCAACAUGUAUUGUUUGCGACAAGCGUUUCGUUACGGAACGCGACUGAUUCUUACGAAAAAUCCUACGAAUUUGUAUCGGCUUCCACUGAUUAAUGAGGAAAGAUUUAAAAUCAAUUUUCACGAACGAAUACAUAUUCGUUCUAAAACAAGUCUUUGUGAAUCUGCAGAAGAAAACAAGGAAGAAGCUGGUAAUAAACAGGUGCUUGGAAAGAUUGAAGGAAAGCUGAAGGUGAUGUUUACGUGUAAAAUAUGUCAGUUAAGAAGCGGCAAAGUUAUAUCAAAAGUGGCAUAUGAAAGAGGAGUAGUCAUAAUUCGUUGUGAUGGUUGUAAAAACAAUCAUUUAAUUGCUGAUAAUCUUGGAUGGUUCGAAGAGUUACAGAAGAACAACAACAUUGAAAAAAUAUUGGCAGCAAAGGGAGAAACUGUUCGAAAAAUACUAAACGAUACCGAUGGAUACGUCGAAGUUAUCGAAAAAGCAGAAUAUGAUUUAUUACAACAUAAUAUUAAACGAAAACAGGAUUUAAUUAAACAACAAAAUAAGAUAGAUAGCCAUGAUAAUAAAAAUCCUGGAACUUUAGAGGAAAAAUAGGAUGUAUUAUCCGAAGAAACUACUUUAUUUUGAAAAUAAAUUGGUGAAAAAAUGUUUAAGCAAGUGUAAAUGUUUCGAAAUUUAUUACAUACUUUUUAUGCUUUUUAUACUACGUUAAACUUAAAAGUAUACAUGAAAAAAAAUAAUAUCCAAAGUUUGGUAAAUAUCGAAAGA